AAAAAAUGUGGCCGCUGAAGGGACUCAUUCUUGCCGUUCUGUUUGUUUUUUCGACAUCCUGGCCAUCCUGUUCUGUGUGUAGAACGGAAAAAAUGAACUGGGACCAGCGGAAUAUAUGCUUUUUGCAUUGUAUACCUCAAGGACGUAUAGAUGCUCGAUGGUAGACUGACUGUGGUUUCGAAAAGCAAAAUAAAUGUGA